AUGGCUGCCGAAGAAAUGAGGAUAUCCAGAUACAAGUAUUGCGUUUUGCAGGAGCUGUUGGUCUGGAAGAUAAAGGUGGGUUCCCAAGCUGUUCCAAAAGUUUUUGACGUCUAUCCUCACCACGGCAGCCAGAAUGGAGCAACAAGGCUGACGAUCAAAGGGCAGGGAUUCUCAGGGGAGAACCAGUUUGACUUUGGAGCAGAAGAUGAAAAGUUGGGCAACAGCGUGCAUCUGGUGUCAGAAACCAGGUCCAUCCCCUGUGAUGUGGAGAGGGAUUCCAGCCACGAAACACAGAUUGUUUGCUACACCAGGCCUCUACCAAUAGACACGUAUCUUGUUGUAGUGAGUGUGGAUGGGGUUCCUAUUGUUAACAAGUGGAUAACCUAUUAUGCAACAAACGACAAUACCCCAUCCAUUGAGGAGAUUUCACCAAUGUCUGGACUGCCAGGGCAACUCAUUUCUAUCCGAGGGAAUAUUCUCACUGAUGUCUAUGGCAGUAAUAAACCAAAGGAUUCCAGUCAUGGAAACACCAGGAUUUUGAGAGUCUAUGCUGGAGGAAUGCUCUGUGAUCUUCUUCAUCCGGACUCGGAUACCUUGUAUGGUUUGACACUUGACUACACAUACAGUAGAAAAGGCACUAUGACUUGCAGAAUGACUGGAACGUACGUAGGUCACCAUAAUAUGAGCUUCAUUUUGGACAAUGGCUACGGAAGGUCUCUGCCUGAUGUGAAUGCUUACUUUGUUUCCUCUCUCAAUAAACUCAGCAUGUUCCAAACCUACGCAGAGGUGACUGGCAUCUACCCAUCUGAAGGGAGUGUGGAAGGAGGCACUCGGCUGACAGUGAACGGGAGGUUCUUUGAUGAAACAGACUCCCCAGCCAGAGUUACUGUGGCAGUGACUGACAAUUACCGUUUCUACAUCAAAGGGAGAGGCAUAUUCGAACUUCAUCUUAGCUUAACUGGGGAUCCUCGGGACAAGACUGAAAGGAGGGACUGUUUACUUGACAGAUAUUACACAGAAGUGCUACUGCAGGAAAACACGCCGUCUUCCUUUGUUUCUGUUGGUGUGUACCGCAACAACAGCUCCUACACUGAGCAGCAGACAGCAGAUUCUGUCAAUGAAGUGCAGAACAUCAGUUCACUCUCCCAGGUUGUCUACGAGAAGCAGAGUGGAACGUCUGCCCACGAUGUCCUGAAGCCAAUUCUAGGUGUGCUAAUUGUGACAUGGAUUGUAACCUUGGAGAACUGGACGAUAGGAAGUGCAGUCAGUGAGGUUCAGCAGGUCAACGUCACCAGUCCAUGCUGGGACUCAGGUUCUUGCGAAUUCCACUUGUACAGGCUCACCUACAAUCAGGAGUACACAGGAUUUCUUCCUGCAAAUGCUUCAGACAAGCAGAUUGAAGAAGCUUUAAAUGAUCUGUGGUCAAUUAGACCUGAUAAGGUGAAAGUGUCGAGCACUGCAAUCAGCCAAGGCUUUGCCCACACAGUGACCUUCAUCUCCACAAGAGGGGAUUUUGAUUUACUCCAGCACAAGGCAUCGGAAGGAAGUAACAUCACCAUUGAAGUGGAGGAACGAGUCAAAGGGAGACCCAGUAUGGACACUUUCACACUGAGACUGGAUGGGAUUGAUUCCAGGCCCCUUCCACAUGCAGCUACUGCUGAUGAGGUCAAAGCUGCUUUAGAAGAACUGGUGGGUGUGAAAUGUCCUGAGCACAUAGCUGGCUACACAAAUGGAUAUGCAGUCAAGUACUUCAAUGACUUUGAAGAUGGGGGCUCUGCCUAUCACAGUGGCCAGGUGACAGUGGAGACCGAUGCCUUCUGUGGACGACACUCUGUCAAAAACCCCUAUUAUUUGUUUGGCUUUGCACAAUCCCAUCAGCCAGUCUUGUUAGACACCUACAAGCAGCUUUGCUUUGCAUACAAAGGAAUUUUGAGAAAUGAUAUUCUGCUGAAACUGAAUUACAAAGAUGAAGGCAGAACAUUGUCCAUAUCUUUUUCGAUGCAAUAUAGUUUUGCUCAAGAGAAUCAGUGGUCCUAUACCUGCAUCAAUUUGCUCAAGUCCGUACAGGCCAAGUUUUCCAAAGGGACCAACUUCAUGCUGGAAACGAUCAGACUGUUGAAGUCAUCAGACCAGGAUUACUUUGUGGAUACUGUCUACAUUGGGCAGCAUGCUACAACCAGCGGUCAAGAAAAUAUUGGUGUUCCAGUGAGAGGGCUCCCACCACUGAUUGCCAGAGGGAUUAUUAUUAAGCAGUUCAUUGUGACACAGAAUAGAACCGUGAAUGACAGCUCAUCCAAUGAGUAUGAGAUAACCAUGAUUCCCUUCAACUGUAGCUUCAACAUUCCUUUGCUGGAGAUUGGCUUUGCUCAGACUGCAUCCAAUGGCUCAAAGGACGAGGCCGCUUACAGAGGAAUUACGUGGCCCAAUGGGUCCGUCAUAAGAGUGUGGAGAAGAGAGGCAGCAUCUCCCCCCAUCACUGGCACCAUGGACAUUCAGGCCUUUGGCCGUGUAGUGAAGGGAUUGCCAGUCAGUGCCUCUGACCUGGAAAUGCAGUACAGUUUACAAAGCAUUCCUGAGAUCGGGAGUGUGUCAGUGCAGAGGACAGGCAGCUGCUCCGGUUUCAACUGGAGGGUGAAGUGGCUGAACAAGCCUGGAAAUCAGCCCAUCCUACAGGUUAAUGAUUCAAAUGUUCAUGGAGUCAAUGUGAGAGUUACUGUGCGUGAGGAUGAGCGUGGAGGGCAGUUUAGUCAACGGCUGAUCGGAGACCUGUUCCGUACACCACAUGUCCUGCCCCAGGUGCAGGUUUUCAUCAAUGGCAUUCCCAGCAACUGCUCCAGGAAUUGUGGAUACAGGUGGAAUUCUGCGAAAACCCCAGUCAUUACAGGCAUCAGCCCGAGCAGAGGUUCCAGUGUUUCAGGCACAGUCCUGACCAUAUCAGGCUUCCCAUUCGCCAACACUUCAAAGACUGACACCACCUGGGUUCUGGUUGGAGGAGCCAAAUGUCCAAUCACAGGACUAACUGAUACUGAAAUUACCUGUCUGAUCGGGCCACCCAACACCACAGUGGCCCCAAUUACUGUCUACGUCGCCGAGCUUGGCUUUGCAAAGCACUCAGGCAACCAGGCAUUUUCUUUCACCUAUGAACUGGAGGUUACUGGCAUUUCUCCUUCCACAGGCAGUACUGAAGGUGGGACCGUUCUGACAAUAUCUGGCACUGGUUUCACUUCCGGGACAGUGGUUUUAGUUGGAGAGAAGCUCUGCCUCCUCCUCACACAAAGCCCUGUCGAGAUAACCUGCAGCACGCCAGAUGCACCCGUUGGAGUGGCCAAUAUCUCUGUGUUGACUAAUGAAACAUACAGCACAUUGCCCUUCAUUUUCACUUACACAGAGGUGAAGAUGCCGGUAAUCUUGCAAAUAACUCCCACGGCAAGCAGUGCGGCAGGUGGUUCCAGCCUGACAAUCCACGGGUCAGACUUUGGCAGCAGAUCCGGAGACAGCCGUGUGUUCGUUGGGAACUCGGAGUGUCCGAUCCUUCAGUGGUGGGUCAACAACAUCACCUGUCGGCUGCCCAGCCUCCCCCCCGGAGAGUACACAGUACGGACACACGCCCCUGACAGCAGCAUUGCGAAUGUUUCCAUUGAGUACAUCUUGCGUGUAACAGGAAUGACCCCCAGGCUGGGUUCGCUCCAUGGGGGCACAACAAUCACCAUCUCUGGGGCUGGUUUCAGUCCCAUCACAGAGGAUAACACUGUCCACCUCGACUCCAUUCGAUGUCCCAUAACCUUUGCUGCACCCAAUGUGCUGGAGUGUGUUCUUGGUCCAACUGGCAGAAGUUUCAUCAUCACCAACAAUGGCAGCCAUCCAACACUGGGAGUUGGGUACAGCUGGAAUCCAUCAAUACUCGAUAUCCUUGUCGGGGACACAGUGCACUGGCAGUGGGAGGCCCCACCUCUCGUCCAGGGCUUGAGCUACCGAGUCUUCAGUGUCUCCGGGCCCAGUGAUGUGAAUUACAAAGGCAAAGGGUUUAUGAGUGGAGAUACCGGCACUCCAGCAGGUUCUUUCUCCCACCGCUUCACCUCCCCUGGCUCAUUUUUCUACAGCAGCGGUUACAUCGACCAGAAGAACAAGAUCUUCCUGCAAGGCGUGGUGCAUGUGAGGGCAGCAGAGGAGAGGUCCUUAAAUCUGCAUGUUUCUGUAGCUGGGAUUGAGGCAGAAUAUCCACCUGGACACUUGGAGGUGGUGCAGUCACAACAGGAGCGCAGUGGUAACUGUACAGCAACCAGCCCCACCUGUCCCCAGACAGUGAACAGCACUUCAGACAGUGGAGGCUUCACAUUUCUCCUCUCUCCCUGUUACUCCCCCACCAUUAACAGUAUCACCCCAUCUAACGGGACCCUAUACGACAGACUCACCAUUGCAGGCACUGGAUUCAGCAACAUCACCUGUGUUAAUGAGGUGCGGGUUGGAGACCAGCUGUGCGUCGUUGAACACAGUACGGAGUGGGAGCUUCUGUGCCGAGUAGAUGCAGGGGGAGAGAUGGAGGUUGGGGUGGCAGCCCUGGUGUCAGUGACUGUCCACAACCACGGCUCUGCCAUCUCCACACCAUCCGACGAAUUCAGCCGCCACUUUGUGCUGCUCCCUCACCUGGACAGGGUGACCCCCAGCCUGGGCUCCACCACAGGACGGACCAGGGUCACCCUCACUGGCUCAGGCUUCGGAAAGGACCCCAGUACCAUCCAGGUCCUGCUGGCAUCUGUGCCCUGCACGCUGGUGUCUGUGAACUACACGCACAUCUCCUGUGAUUCAUCUGCCUCCAUUGUCUCCAAUGGGUCUGCAAGCGUUUUGGUACGAGGUCUCUUGGCCACGUGUACUGGCUCCUGUGACUUCAACUACACUGAGAGCAUCACGCCGAGCGUGCUGACCAUCUCUCCGAAUGUCCUGGACACCGUCUACACCGAGCUCACCAUAAACGGCCAAGGAUUUGGCAGCCAUGCCGAGAUGGUCCUUGUUUUAGUGGGCACUGCCAGCUUUAGACCUGCUGUUGUUACAGACUCCAGCCUGAACUGUACAGUGGGACCACUGCCCGUUGGCCAACACUCCCUCAGGGUUUUGAUCUUGGACAAGGGUUUAUCUGGCGAGACUCUGUGGGUCACUUCUGCUGCCUCAGCCUCCCUGUUGCCAGCCUCGGGAGGGAUUAACGGAGGCACCACCUUGUCCAUCACAGGGAAUGGCUUCGUCCAGGGAGCCACCACUGUGAUGGUUGACGACUCCCCUUGUAGCAUUCUCACUGUCACCCCAGGAGAAGUCCAGUGUGUCUCGCCGGCCUGUGGCCCAGGCAUUGUCCAUGUAAAGGUUAAAGUUCAUUCUACUGUGUACCCACUCCUAACGUUCACCUGUAACCAAACAGAGACUCCCACUAUUUUUGCCGUCUCUCCAACCACUGGUGUAAGUGGAACAAGACUCACCAUCCUUGGGCAAAGUUUGGGAUCUGUUGUCUCUGAUGUCACGGUGUCAAUAGAUGGUGUCUUGUGCAGUGUGAUCAUGGCUAACGAGAGCUGUGUGGAGUGCACUGUGGGGCAUCAUGCUGGGGGCACCUUUCCAAUCCUCCUGGAACAUGCCAGGAGGGGAUACGCAGCCUCUGCCUUCUCAUUUCAGUACCAGCUCAACAUAACGACUGUCUCUCCAACUGAAGGCAAUUUCGGUGGUGGCUUGGUCCUGACGGUGAGGGGCGCUGGAUUUGACAGACAGAAAUCACGGGUGUUUGUGUGUGAUAGUGAAUGCAGAGUGGAGCCAGCAAACUCCAGUUCCAGCAGCCUACACUGCCACCUGCCUCUGAAUAAUGGUGAGGACCCACACACCACAUGCAAUGUGACCGUUGCAAACAGUGAAGCUUCGAGCCAGCUGCCCCGCGCCUUCACGUACAUGUCGGUUUUGACCCCCGUGGUGACUGCCAUUGAGCCCAAGCGAGGAGGAACGGCAGGAGGCACCAAACUGACCAUCACAGGAUCUGGCUUCAGUUCCAGCAUAAAUGAGACUUCUGUCACCGUGGCUGAAGCUGCCUGUGAGAUCCAGUCUGUGAAUGAAACCAGCAUUGUAUGUAUCACCGGUGCACAGUCCCCUUCCCAAAAGACCAAGGUCAAGGUCAACAUAAGGGGAAAUGGCACUGCCAAACUGGACUUUGCCGAUUACUACUAUGUCGAUGUGUGGUCAUCACGGUACACGUGGGGAGGUCAGUCACCCCCUGAGAAGGGCUCACUGGUCGUCAUCACCAAGGGACAGACCAUCUUGUUUGACCAAAGCACACCCGUGCUGAAAAUGCUGCACAUUCAAGGUGGGUCACUCGUCUUCGAUGAGGCAGACAUUGAACUCCAGGCCGAGAACAUUCUCAUCACAGACGGCGGGCUACUCCAGGUGGGAACCAACUCAACGCCCUUCCAACAUAAAGCCAUCAUCACCCUUCAUGGCCACGUGCGCUCCAGGGAAUUGCCCCUGUACGGAUCCAAGACUCUGGCUGUUCGAGAGGGAACAUUGGACCUCCAUGGUCUGCCCGUCCCUGUAACCUGGACUCACCUAGCUGAGACAGCGGAGGCAGGCACUUCAACGAUUACACUACAGGAAGCCGUGAGCUGGAAGGCAGGGGACCAGAUUGUCAUUGCAACAACUGGAGGCAGGCACAGCCAGAAGGAGAGUGAGCAGAGGACGAUCAGGGGUGUGUCACCGGACGGGAGGACGCUCAACCUGACGGAGCAGCUGAGAUACCAGCACCUGGGCAUGGUGCUGUCCCUCGCUGGGGCUGUGCUGGAGGCUCGGGCAGAGGUGGGGCUGCUGACUCGUAACGUGGUGGUGAGAGGCUCCAACAACGUGGAGUGGAACGACCACAUCGAGCAGUGUCCGGACGGGUUCGACACUGGUGAGUUCGCCACCCAGACCUGCUUCCAGGGGCGGCUGGGGGAGGAAAUCGGAAGUGAUGAGUACGGAGGCUGCAUCAUGUUCCAUUCGCCGCGUCCAGACCAAGGGCUGGUGCUGGGCAGGAUAGAGUAUGUCGAGGUGUACCAGGCAGGCCAGGCCUUCCGCCUGGGCCGUUACCCCAUCCACUGGCACCUGUUGGGGGACCUGUCCUUCCGCUCGUACGUGCGAGGCUGCUCGAUCCACCGGACCUUUAACCGCGCUGUCACCAUCCACGGCACUCACCGGCUGCUGGUGGAGGACACCGUGGCCUUCGACGUGAAGGGAGGCGCCUUCUUCCUGGAGGACGGGGUGGAGCGGGGCAACGUGCUGCGGCACAACCUGGCGGUGUGGGUGCGCCAGAGCUCCAGCCUGCUGAACGACGACCUCACCCCGGCCGCCUUCUGGGUGACCCACCCCGGCAACACCCUGCAGGGCAACUCGGCGGCGGGGGGCACCCACUUCGGCUUCUGGUACCGGCUCCUGGAGCACCCCGAAGGGCCGUCGCGGCACCAGGACGUGUGCCCGCGCAGCCUCUCCCUCGGGCUCUUCCGCAACAAUUCAGCCCACUCCCAGGGCUGGUACGGCCUCUGGGUAUUCCCGGCCUACCACCCGAGCAGGAACGGCCGGUGCUCGGACUGGAGCCCCCGGCCCGCGGCCUUCGGCUCCCUGACCGCCUGGAACUGCAAGAAGGGGGCGGAGUGGACAGAAGGAGGGGCCCUCCAGCUCCAUGACUUACUGCUGGUCAACAACGAGGAGGUCGGGGUGGAGGUCCAGCGGGUGCUGAGGACCCGCAUCGGUGGCUGGGGCCAAGCCGCGGGGGCCCUGCUCAGGAACCUGACCGUGGUUGGUCACAUCCCGGGUCUGGGCCCCCCAGUCUGCACCCGCACCGGUCUGGUUCUUCCCAUGGACCAGGGGCUGACCGUGGACGGGCUCCACUUGGUGAACUUCGACUGGUCUGGCUGCACGGCCCUGGGGCUGGCGACCAUUACCGGGGAGUGCCCGGAGGGCUGCGGGGGCUGGGGCGUGAGGUUCAGCCGGGUCCGCUACUUCAACACCUCCAACAAGGCCGCCUUCCACUGGGAGCAUGAGGCCGUGCUGCACGACAUGGAUGGCUCCCUCACAGGUGGUGCUGGGUAUAAUGUGGUCCCUUACAGUCGGAUACUGGACCCAGCACGGUGCCAGCAGUCAGCGGAGUGGAGCCAGGGAUACGCCGGCGUUGUGUGUGACUCCACUGUCACAUUCCAUCGCCUGUCUGUCCACGACCCCUCUCCGAACGCUCUGAGGGGACGGCAGAUCAUCCUGUCCAACACUCAUGGGUACAGCAUUCUCUCCUUCCUACAUCGACGUCUAACCCAUGGAUCAGGUUGGAUGGCCCUUUUACCCAACAAUCAGACUGUUAGUUGGCAUUUCAAGGACGUGGAUCACAUCACCGAGAUCUCCUACAGAGCCACCUUUUACCACUUCACGGACAGUGACCACGUUGUCAUAUCCCACAACCUGACCCAACGCCCUGACCAUGUCCAGGUGAUGGAUCUACAACAAAAAGCCUCCCUCCAGCCCCUGGGAUGGUCCCACAACCAGAAUGGCGACUGGUACUUUGAUUCAGACAACUUGACCUUGUACUACCUGGGGAAGGGUGCCCCUCAUCAGCCAAGUCUCGACCCAACAGUGGUCGAUGUAAAUGUUCACCUCCGUGUCUUCCGCUGCUUCUACCAGAAAUGUGCGUCUCUUCCCCAGGAAAAAGUGUCACCCUUCAUCAGCUCAGCUUCUGGAUACAGUCUGUGGUCGAACUCUUCCUUCUGGGAAUCCUCUCCAGAAAACAACUUCACGGUUCCCAGAGAAGGUGACAGUGUGGUCGUAGCCCAAGGAGUCUGGCUUCUGGUGGACACAAUGAUUCCGUCGCUCUACAAACUCACCAUCUAUGGCAUCUUGGAAAUUAAGGACCAGAAUGCAACAUCGGGCCACAAUUCCUCGUCCUACAUGAGCAUUGUCCUCAAUGCUACCUACAUCUCGGUCCAGGGGGGCAGGCUUAUCGCAGGAACACCGGAGAAACCGUUCAGAGGAGAGCUCCUGAUCAUUCUGCGAGGAGACCAUUUGACCCCGGACUGGCCUUUACUGAAUGGGCCUAAUCAGGGGGCCAAGGUGUUGGGUGUGUUCGGAGGACUGGACCUCCACGGAAUUCCCCACCGGCUCUACAGGACCAAGCUGGGGCUGACAGCACAGGCCGGUUCCCUCAACCUAACGCUGGCAGCAGCCGUCGACUGGCAGGAGGGCGAUGAGAUCCUUCUGACAAGCACCAGCUACGAUUCCCAGCAGACGGAGUCUCGGAUCAUCCGCUCCAUCUCACAUGAUGGGAGGUCUCUGUUCCUGGAUCAGCCACUCUCCUUCACACAUGUGGUGGAGACGCAGGAAGUGAAGGGAAGGGACCGGCGCUACAGCCUGGCAGCAGACAUUGGCCUCUUGAGCAGAAACAUCAAGAUCCUAGGCCAGGAUCACCUGGGAUGGCAGGAGCAGAAGUUCGGAGCCCGCCUGCUGAUCAGUUCCUUCUUCUACAAUGACCAGGAAAUCAAAGGUUAUGCCAGGAUAAAGGAUGUUGAAUUCUACCACUGUGGUCAGAUGGGUUAUCUGGAUUACUUUGAUCCACGCUACUCUGUGGCGUUUCUCAACCUCGGCCAGGUUUGGAAUGACUCGUACAUUCAGGGCUGUGCUAUUCACAAUGGAUUUGCUCCAGCCAUCGGGGUCUUUGGAACGGAUGGCCUUAACAUCGACGACAAUAUCAUUUACAACACCCUGGGAGAAGGUAUCAAAGUGUGGGGGAGCAGGAACCGAGUGAGGAGGAACCUGGUGGUCCUCAGCAAGUCGACGGUGAUUCCCUACUCCUGGACAGCGGCUGUCGAGGUGAAUAAGGGUUCUGAGGUUGUGCUACAGGAGAACAUCGUUGUAGGCUUUGAGCAGAUUGGUUACCACAUUAACGGAGAGCCUUGUCCUGGACAACCAAACCCCGCUGAGCCAUGGACUGAUAACGAGGUCCGUGGAGGACGGAUUGGUGUUUACAUGAAUGGAGACGGAUUCCCAAACUGCUCCCUUAUCCAAGGGUUCACAGUCUGGAAAUGCCAGGACUAUGGCAUUUACUUUCAGGUAGAAGAUUCUGUGCAAGUCUCCAACGUGACUCUGGUGGACAACGCACUGGGUAUUUUUCCAAUGAUUUACGGACCUCCAGCGCUCUCACAUCGGAUAUCCAAUAAAACCGUUCGCGUUACUAACGCCUUGGUGGUUGGAGUUAGUCCUGGAUUCAAUUGCUCAGAUACUCUGAUGAUGAAGGUGUGGUUUGUGUGGGAGGCCAGGGAUUAAUCGGUGUCCUGUCUCCCUGCCACAGGAAGGAGUGGGAUCUGCUGGCCAACGUUCGCCUCGGCUACCAACUUAGCACCUCGACAUCCGCAUUCUGUGCUGAUGAGCUACCCGGCCAUUAGUGGGCUGAUGAUGGUGCAGAACACGACAUUUGUGGGAUUCCGGGGCGUGUGUUCCCAGCAGCUGAACGUCAUGUUUAUCAGUAACCCUGACAAUGAGGAUGUGCAGCACCCAGUGCUGGUGGAGGGAAUCACCAUCGACCAGAGUGAGGAGCGAGGGAAGGUCUUCAUACACAGGCCUGACAUCACUAAGGUGAAUCCCAGUGACUGUGUGGACAUGGACUGCGAUGGCAAGAAGAAGACCCUGCUGAAAGACCUCGAUGGCUCAUUCCUGGGGAGAGUGGGAGCUGUCGUCCCACAGUCGGAGUACGAAUGGAAUGGUGACAAACGCCGUGGGCUCGGCGAUUACCGAAUCCCAAAGGUUCUGCUGACGUCUUUGAAUGGGAGCCGCAUUCCUGUAUCCCAGGUGGCACCAUACAAAGGAAUUAUCCGAGAUUCCACAUGUACCUAUGUGCCUGACUGGCAAAGCUACAAGUGCUUUGGGCUGAACUAUGAGCUGCUGGUUAUUGAGAGCCUAGACUCUGAUACCGAACAUAGGAGACUUUCCCCGGUGGCUCUGCUCUGUGAUGGCUACCUGGACCUCAUCAAUGGUCCCCAGGACCAUGGCUGGUGCUCUGGAUAUACGUGCCAUAAGAGGAUUUCGCUUUUCUAUGGGAUUGUGGCCACCAACAAGUCGUGCGACGUGUACUUCACCAGCACCAGUCCUCAGAGUCUGCGUCUGCUGCUGCCCAGCGCUGAAGUCAGCAGAGCUGUUCGUUUGUCGAUCUAUUACUCAUUGCCACAGCGCCUGGAUGUGUACGUCAAUGGCACCCUCAUCCCUCCAAUCAACGCAGAGUGGAACAGCGCGCACAGGGACUACACCCUGAGGUCCCCCACCUACCCAGGAGAAUUUGUUCCCAAGUUGAAUUCUCUGGUUUCUGGAGCAAACUACUUUGACAGAAAAUACCAGAUGCUGAAUGUUUUAGUGAGGGGUUCGAUUCCCGUUGAGAUCCACACAACCCCCACCCUCUUCAUCACCUUUAAUUUACCCGCAAUGACAGUGGAUGAGUUCUACGGUGCUGAUCUAGCAAACAACGUUGCCCGAUUCCUGGACGUGCCUGCAAGUAAAGUCCGUGUCACCAAGAUCGUGCGGAAGGGUGUGCGUCGCAGGAGGCAGGCUACUGGGAUCGCAGUGGAUAUGGAGAUCGGAGACCCUCCAUCUAGGCAGUUGUCAUCAAACAACAGUAACUCCACAAACACCAAUACACUGAGGUUCUCCAACCUGAAGGAAAUCGCCAGCAACCUUGGUGAGGCCAUGUUGACUGGAAACCUGAGUGCUUCCUUGGGCUUUGCAAUCUCUGGCCUGGAGAUCUCUGAUCCAGUUCCACCUCCAGAUGAUCCAGAGUGGUCCCAGGGGUAA